AUGAGAGCUAAGAAUAAAGUGAAAAAAGGUAUUGGAGGUCUGGAAGAGUUCAUCCUAAAGUCCGCCACCCUGUCAUCUUCCCCCGCUUGUCCGCCCUUCACCUCCCUCAACUUUGAGGCCACACCCAUUGUUCGGGUUGCCAUUGAGCCAAAACAUCCUAGUGAGAUGCCAAAACUAGUGCAUGGAAUGCGGUUGUUGAGCCAGGCAGAUCCUUGUGCUGAGGUUCUAAUCCAGGAAACUGGUGAGCAUGUCCUGGUCACUGCUGGUGAAGUUCAUCUCCAACGCUGCCUCGAUGACCUACGAGAUCGGUUUGCUCGAAUUGAAAUUAGCUCAUCGAAACCCAUCAUUCCAUUCAGAGAAACUGUGGUUCGUCCUCCUAAAGUGGACAUGGUGAAUGAAGAGUUGGGCAAGCAGCAGAAAGUAGCUAUAAUACACCAGGUCAAGGAUGAUGCCUCUCAGAGUCGACUGUCGAACACCCUACAUGUGGACACCAGUGGUCUCAUCACCGUGACAACACCAAAUGGACUGGCAACCAUCUGUAUUCGGGCAAUUCCUCUACCUGAGGAAGUGACCUGUCUAUUGGAAAGUAGCACAGAGUUGAUCCGGGCUCUGGAGCAAGUAAACAUGUCACUGAGGGAAGGUAGCAGUCUGGACAUGAGCCCUAGGAGUUUGGAAGCCAUCGCUGGACUCAAAGCCCAGCUGGAGAACCUGCUGCAAGGCAGGAGGUGGAGAAACGCUGUCGAGCGUAUCUGGGCCUUUGGGCCUCGCAGGUAUGGCCCAAACAUUCUGCUAAACAGUGUGGAUGACUACCAUCGGCCCUCAAUCUGGCAAUGUCUCAGCAGGGGAGCUAGUGAUGAUAUAGGCCAGGCCCCUGUGAUACGAGACUUUGAUAACAGCAUCGUCAGCGGUUUCCAGCUUGCAACUCUGUCAGGACCAAUGUGUGAGGAGCCCCUGAUGGGAGUUUGCUUCUCUGUAGAGCAGUGGGACGUUCAGUCUUCAACCUUGUCACAACAUCAUGACUCCUCAGAGAACUCCAUAUUUCAUGAGGCUGCAGCAGAGAAAAAAUUGAAAGCAAGCUGUGAGACUUUUGAAGUAGCUGAGGACACAUCAGUAAGCUCAAGCCAAGUGCGUUGCAGACCUGAGGCUGUCUCUGCAGACUGCUAUGGGCCGGUGUCUGGCCAACUGAUUGCUGCCAUGAAGGAAGCUUGUCGUCACGCAUUCCAGGCUCAGCCUCAGAGACUAAUGGCUGCAAUGUAUACCUGCGAGAUUAUGGCCACAGCUGAGGUGCUAGGCCGAGUGUAUGGUGUGCUUGGGAAGCGAGAGGGCCGUGUUCUCCAUGAAGAGAUGAAGGAAGGGACAGACAUGUUUAUUAUCAAAGCUGUUCUACCGGUGGCCGAGAGUUUUGGAUUUGUUGAUGAGAUUCGCAAGAGGACCAGUGGACUGGCCAGUCCACAGCUUGUCUUUAGCCACUGGGAGGUGAUUGCCAGUGAUCCAUACUGGGUUCCUACCACAGAGGAAGAAUACCUACACUUCGGGGAGAAAGCUGACUCUGCCAACCAGGCCCUCAAAUACAUGAAUGCCAUCCGUCGCCGAAAAGGCCUCUAUGUGGAGGAAAAAAUAGUAGAGCAUGCAGAGAAACAGAGAACACUAAGCAAAAACAAAUGAGUUUUUAAAUAUGGAGCAGCUUUUUUAAAAGACUGUCAAUGCAUAAAGUUGGCAUGUUUGUUCAGCCUAUUGGAUGCAAGAUAGUAAUUAAAAGAGUGUGGUGAAAUUUGACUUUGUUGUUGCUUUGAAAAUGUAUUAUUGUGAUAUUGGGCUUUAAUCACCACAAUAAAUGUAUUAAAACAUGCACAUUACUGUAUAUAAAAUUACUUUUCCCCCAUAUUUUCCAUGUCUUUAAAACAAUCAUAUCAAAAGCAGAUAAUGACAAAAUUUAAAUUUAAAUUCUAAUUCCACUGCAUUAUUUCAAGGGUCACAUUUAGAGAAUGAUAUCAGUGAGACUGAGAAUACAGUUUUGAUUUUGAAAACUUUAAAUGAAUUUAAAACAACACAUAAAUCAUUACAUAAGGAAAUUUAGAGUUAGAGGUGUAACCAACAUGAAAACCAGAGAGCUGUCUAUGGAUGAAAAAUAAGUGGCUGUGAAACUCAGAGAAGAUGGAAAAUCAAUCAGAGCCAUUGCACAAACAUUGGUCAUAGCCGGUACAACCAUUAGGAAUAUCCUGAAGAAGAAAGAAACCACUGAUGUACUCAGUAACAGACAUCAAACGGAUAAACCAAGGAAAACGGCAGCAGCUGAAGACAGAAACAUUGUGAGAGCUGUAAAGAAAUACCCUAAAACUAUGUUAGUGACAUUUUAUCGGCUGAUGAGACAAAGAUGAACCUUUAUUAAAGGGAUAGAAAGACUACAUUUUGUAGAAAGAAAGGAUCUGCUGAUCCCAAACAUACAAGCUCCUCUGUGAAACACAAUGGAGGUAAUGUCAUGGCUUGGGCUUGCAUGGCUUCUUCAGGGACAGGCUCAUUAAUCUUCGUUGAUGAUGUAAAACAUGAUGGCAGCAGAAACAUGAACUCAGGAGUCUACAGAAACAUUUUAUCCGCCAGUUUAAAGAAAGAUGCAACCAAACUAAUUGGGAGAUCCUUCAUCAUGCAGCAAGAUAAUGACCCAAAACACACUGCCAAAACAACAUAGGAGUUAAUCAGAGGCAGGAAGUAGAAAGAAGGAAGUAUUACACUGGCCAAGUCAAUCUCCAGAUUAAAACUCUAUAGAGCAUCUUACCUGCGAAAGACAAACAACAAACAACAACUGAAAGAGGCUGCAGUGAAAGCCUGUAAAAGCAUCACAAAAGAACGUAAAAGUUUGGUGAUGUCAGUGGAUCACAGACUUAAUGCAGUUACUGCAAGAAAAUGAUUUACAACUAUUAAAAUUUUUUCCUUUUAAUCUGUUUUAAGUCUAUCUGUUCCAAUACUUUUGUUCACCUAAAAAUGUGGUGUUCUGUUUCAAAUAAAGCUAUCUCCUAAGUUGUGUAUCAGAUCAAGAUGUAAAUACUUGGAAAAGCCUGUAAUAAAAUGA